AUGGGCUGCUCCUGUUUCCUGGGGUGCUCUGGCCAUGGUGUUGAUCUGGUGUCAGAUGUUCCAAAGCUGCAGCCGCACCCGGGUCUGGAGAAAAAAGAGGAAGAUGAUGAUGAAGAUGAAUAUGAUGAUGGCUCCAGUGUUAAAAAACAGGCAAAUAAGAACCGGGUUCAGUCAGGCCCACGCACACCAAACCCCUAUGCCUCGGACAACAGCAGCCUCAUGUUUCCUAUAUUGGUGGCCUUUGGUGUCUUCAUUCCUACCCUCUUCUGCCUCUGCCGAUUUUCCAUGACUGGUAACAGCCAGUUUGUGAGAAACAAGAGGGUCUCAGCCACACCAGAAGGAGGUGAAGCAGAUCUUAAGAACAAACCUUAUGAUAAAAAGGUGGGACAGGCAUUCCCUGCCCUUGUGAUCAACUGGGGACUGUCUCACUGUCCCUGGAUGACAGCUCUGGAGGUCAAAGCUGAAGCAGAGAACUUUGAGCAAGUAUCUUUGGUUCCAGCCCUGGAGGCCAAUGGGAAAAAGGCCCAGCAGGGCACAGAAGAACUGGAAGAGCUCCUUCAGGUCCAGUCUCCCCCAGAAAUCUCCCAAAGGCAGGAUGGAGAACUUCCAGACAAUUAUUUAUGCAAACCUGAAGACAACAUUUACAACAUUGACUUCACAAGAUUUAAGAUCCGGGACCUUGAAACUGGAACAGUGCUGUUUGAAAUUGCAAAGCCAUCUGCUUCAGAGCACAACGAGGAGGAUGAAGAUGACAGCAGUGAGCUGGACACGAGUGCAGGCCGCUUUGUUCGCUACCAGUUCACCCCAGCGUUUCUCCGACUUCGGACUGUGGGUGCAACAGUGGAAUUCACAGUGGGAGAAAAGCCAGUAUCAAACUUCCGGAUGAUCGAGAGGCAUUACUUCCGAGAUCGCUUGCUGAAGAACUUCGACUUUGAUUUUGGCUUCUGCAUCCCCAGUAGCAGGAACACAUGUGAACACAUCUAUGAAUUCCCUCAGCUCUCAGAAGACCUUAUCCGUCUGAUGGUUGAAAAUCCAUACGAGACCCGCUCAGACAGCUUCUACUUUGUGGACAACAAGUUGAUUAUGCACAACAAGGCUGACUAUGCCUACAACGGAGGACAGUAA